AUGUACGAAGUAUAUGUUUUGAGUCUAGACGUCAAUAAAAAACUCUUGGAUGAUCUCUCAUUGGUCGAUAUAUCCGUGUCUUUUAGUCCAAUCACGCCACAAACACAAAACUUCUUCACAUGGUACAGAUGCGCCUUUAUAAUCGAUUUGUCUUGUGGAAAUUUAACAGAAAMAUUAAAACAGAUUUCAAACGAUCGCUUGUUCAAUACUCAAAACGAUUGGAUACUCUUUGAUCAGAGUUCGUUUGCCAAUGAAAUGAGCUCAGCUGAAUUUGCAUUGCGAACAUUUCAAAUAUAUUUUACCAAUGCCUAUGUUCUACCAGAUGCAGGUGUAUUUUUAUUUCUAGAGACMAAUAACGAUGUUUGGGAAAUAUGGAGUGGUUUUCGGGCUAGUAGAUUGGACUCGAUAAGAGUGUUUGAAUAUGGCACGGUAUCUUCAAACCGGUUGAAAAUUAUACGUGAAUUGCAUGACGAGAGAAGAAAUUUCCGUGGUAUUAUACUGAAUUCUACAACAGUGAUAAUUGACAGAGAUCAUUUUUUUGGAUUUGACAARCAAAUUAGUUCUGACUUGGAUGUAUUCGCUCAUAUGCAUUAUGAAAUGAUCGUUACAUUGGCUAAUCAACUUAAUUUUAAGAUAAAUCUUACUAUUGACAACGAUUACGGAUGGUCUCUGGGCAAUGGUACCUUUAGUGGUUUAACYGGACUUUUACAAAAAGAAGCAAUUGAUUUUAGUGCGACUGGUGUUUUUAUUCGGCCAGAUAGAAUGUCAGUAAUCGAUUUUACAGUCGGCACAGUUACACUACGAACUACAGCAAUUUUUAGGCAGCCUUCGUUGUCUAGUGCACAUAAUAUUUUAUUUUUACCAUUCACGUCUGAUGUAUGGAUAAGUAUAUGUGCAACUUUAUGUGUAUUUGUGCUCACCUUGGUUUUCUUAUUGCGUGUAAAUAACUAUUUUCUAGAGAAAACAUGUAGUACACUGAAUAUUCCAGAAAUAGUGAUAUUGGUCCACGGAGCUAUAUGUCAACAAGGUUUCUAUUUUGCCGGUUAUCUAAUGGCCAAGUUAAAAGAAAAAUUCCCUCACAUGGGUACUUGA